GCAUCAUACGGUGACGGCAUCCCUCUACAGUAACAGGAUUUGGAGGGAAACCUGAGCGAAAUGGAUUAAAAAAAGAAAAAUACAGCACCCAAACCAAGAGACACAUAAAUCAGAAAGGGAAAUAUGAUUCCAAUUUCCAGCAGAGAGGCUCUGGGUCUGGCUGCAGGCUGAUGGGCUCCUCCUCCUCUUCUCUUCCCUUCUUCCGUUCGUCCAACUUUUCUCUUUUUCUCAGCACUGCUCUCUCUAAUUAAUUAGACGGCGAGUUCAAUUAUAAACAAAACAGAAAAAUCGGCAAUCCAUUCUCCUUUUAAUCUUCCUCUUCCGCCAGCGAUCGAAGUUGCGCCAUCAAAGCUGGUUAUGCAUGGCGCGCUGCUCCACUGUCGCUUGACGGCGUAGUACAGAACGAUAAAACGAAAUUUUGUCUUCUCCGUCGUGUCUUCGGGAUCAGAUCUAAUAGUUGGCGCCUUGGUUUGCUCAGAUUUGUUUCGUUGUGCUGAAUUGGGCGAUGGUUUUGAGGAGAAUUUAGGGGGAUUCUGUCUUAGGGUUUUUGGGGCGGGCACAUUCUUCGCUGGUGGGGGAAUGGAGAACGGGAGGAGAUCUGGCCAGCCGUCGGGGUACUUAGUGAAGAGCAAGGGGCCUUCGGGGUGUUUGAUUGUGAGGAAGAAAGGGAGUGAUGGCGUGGGAGGGGCGGGUUCUUCCGGUUCGAGGAGGCUUUUUGAAUCGAAGAAGGAGAAGAAGAGGCCGAGGUUGGAUUUCAGCGAUUCCGGGUCCAGUGACGAGCUGUUAAUGCGUUCACAGCCAAGGAUGGCGCCUGAUACUUCUCGGAUUCGUAAUGGCGUGAGUGGUUUUGAUGCGGGCGUUGAGGGGAAGAGUGGGGUUGCUAGGAAAAGGAGCAAGGGAGAGGGCGGUAGGCGUAGUGAGAUGGAUGGCAUUGUCAGGUAUAGUUUGAUUGACCGGACGAGGACCAGGUUAGAUGUGGAUGAUUUAGAUGAUCAUGAAGGUAGGCGGGGUGGAAUUGAUAGUCGGAGGUUUUAUGGCUCAAUGUCUGUGGGUAGAGGUAGCAUUGAAAGAGAUUACGAUUCUGGUUCAAGUAGAGACGCUCUUCGUGGGAAUAGACAGGCUUCGUAUUUCGAGAGGGCUAGUGGUUUCACUCGGGGCAAUCCUUCUGCUAGGGAGGGAGUUCGGCUGCCGGCUCCAGUUCUGAGGGAUGACUAUGAAUCAGAGCAACCAAUUCGGGUUCAAGGUAAAAAUGGAGUUUUAAAGGUUAUGGUGAACAAGAAAAAAAAGAUUGGUGGGUCUCUCAAUGGUCACAGUGCCAUGGAGCUUGAGGAAGUAAGGAAGGCUGUGAGGACUAAAGAAUUUUCCAACAAGAACGUUCUUAUGCACCCUUCAUAUUACACGGAGUCUAAAAUGAUUGACAAAGCAAUUCCAUGUAUUGGCAGAGAGAAGAAACCGAUGAAUCUGCUGAAUUCGAUGAAAAGUGAAGAAGAUAAUGUGAGUGACCAGGACUCUGGUGAUAGUGGUAUUUUGUUGACAAAGAAAGGAAAUAUGAGAGCCAAGUUUGCAGAACCUAGCAAUUCCCAGAAGAUGCUGUUCUCUACAAAGGCAAGUGUGAGCACUGGCAUGAAUUCUGAUGACAGUGAUACUUCCUUGAAGCUGCGACCAAAGAGCAGUGGAGGUCUUAGAUCAAGAUCGGGGACAAGCGUUGGCGAUGAGAAAACCACGCCUGGUAAGCUCCUACCAAGCAAAGUCAAUGAAGGCAAACUUAAGCGUGGUUCUGGCACUGAAAAGCAAAAGUUGCGUGAAAGAAUUAGGGGGAUGCUGGUAAAUGCUGGCUGGACAAUAGAUUACAGGCCUAGGAGGAACAGGGACUAUUUGGAUGCAGUUUACAUAAGCCCUGCAGGAACUGCUUACUGGUCCAUCAUCAAGGCGUAUGACGCACUUCUUAAGCAGUUGAAUGAAGAUGAAGAGGUUGUAAAGGCUAAGGUGGAAUGUUCUCAAAUUACACCAUUACCAGAUGAGCUACUCAGCCAACUUACAAGGAAUACUAGGAAGAAGAUGGAGAAGGAAAUGAGAAAGAAACAAAGAGACAGCCGCCAGAGUGAGAAUGCAAGCGAAGCUUUAGCGCGGAAGGCGUCAAGCAGCAGGUAUGAUGAGGAGAGUAUGGACAGCCAUAGUCAGGAAGAGAAAUUGAGCUCAUUCAUAAAGCAAAGUGGCAAUUCAAUUAAGGGUAAAUUGCAUUGUAAUAGUUCCACCAGUGUAACCUCUAAGGGUCACCAUUCGAUGCAUACUUUGCAUGUCAACGGUGACAAAUUUUCCUCUGGACACAAUAGUCACCAUGGCAGGAAAAGCAGAAAAUUAGGUAGAUGCACCUUACUAAUCCGGAGAUCAAACCAGGGUCUGAACUCAGAUGGUGAUGGUUUUGUACCUUAUACUGGGAAAAGAACACUGCUCUCUUGGCUAGUUGACUCUGGAGCUGUGCAGUUGAGUCAAAAGGUGAGAUACAUGAAUAGGAGGCGAACCAAAAUUUUGUUGGAGGGCUGGGUAACACGAGAUGGCAUCCAUUGUGGCUGCUGUAGUAAAAUCCUUACAGUUUCAAAGUUCGAGAUCCACGCAGGAAGUAAACUUCGACAACCCUUUCAAAAUAUAUAUCUGGACUCUGGGGUUUCCCUUUUGGAUUGCCAGAUUGAUGCAUGGAAUAGGAAAGAGGCUUCUGAGAACAUUGGUUUUCACUCGGUGGAUAUUGAUGGUGAUGAUCCAAAUGAUGAUACUUGUGCUCUUUGUGGUGAUGGUGGGGAUUUGAUAUGCUGUGAUGGUUGUCCAUCUACAUUUCAUCAGAGCUGCCUGGGCAUUGAGAUGCUGCCUCCGGGUGUUUGGCGUUGCCCAAAUUGUACAUGCAAGUUCUGUGGGUUGGCCAGUGACAAUCUUGUUGAUGAAGAUGAUCCAACUGUUUCGGCUCUUCCGACGUGCAGCCUCUGUACCAGAAAAUAUCAUGAAUCAUGCAUCAAGGAUAUGGAUGCUGCUACUGUUGAAGGUGAUAGUUCUAAAUCUUGCUUCUGUAGCCAAAAAUGCAGAGAGCUCUUUGACCAAUUGCUAAAGUAUCUGGGCGUCAAACAUGAGCUGGAAGCAGGAUUUUCAUGGUCUCUUAUUCGGAGAACAGACUUUGACCUGGAUAUAUCUCUUCAGGGACUUCCUCAGAGGGUAGAGGGGAAUUCAAAGCUUGCUGUGGCUUUCUCUGUUAUGGAUGAAUGCUUUUUGCCAAUAACUGACAGAAGGAGCGGGAUCAACUUGAUCCAUGGUGUUCUUUAUAAUUGUGGGUCAAACUUCAAUCGACUCAACUACAGUGGAUUCUUUGCCUUGAUUUUGGAGAGGGGUGAUGAAAUCAUUUCUGCUGCAUCCAUAAGAUUGCAUGGGACAGAGUUAGCCGAAAUGCCCUUCAUCGGAACUCGCCACAUAUAUAGACGUCAGGGAAUGUGCAGGCGUCUUUUUAGUGCUGUUGAAUCGGUACUCCACUCAUUGAAGGUUGAGAAGCUAAUUAUUCCUGCGAUUUCUGAGCUAAUGCACACAUGGACGGAGGUAUUUGGGUUCACUAGCCUUGAUGAAUCCCUUAAGCAAGAUCUGAAGUCCAUGAAUACGAUGGUGUUCCCUGGUGUGGAUAUGCUUCAGAAACAGUUACUUCAGCAGGAACAUGUGGAGAAAAUGAACACUAAUGAAGGUGUGAAAGAGAUGGGAUCCAACGGUGAUAAAUGUAUGGACAAUGGUUCUGCGGAUAGUGGUUCAGCUGGAGAUUAUCUCAAUGAAAGUGACAGUGGUGGUCUCGAGCUUGAUAAUGGUGAAGCAAAAGUGGGAGAAUUGUCUAGGGAAAAAUCUGAUACAUCGGGUCUAGAUGCCUCUGCACACUCUACAAAGAGUUUCUUAGAUGCACCCCACAAGAUUAAGCAUAGCGUCAGCUCAGAUUCCGGACUAGUGGACAAGAAGUUGGAUAAAUCCAGAAUAUCCAAUCUGAAAUCAGCUGCUGGGGAGAAUGGCGAUAUCUCUUCUCAUGCUCAUCCCGAUAACCAGUUUCUUCUUCCCAUUUCUUCAGACAAUGUUUCUGGAAUGAGCGCUUCACCAGAUGCUUCUCAUGGGCAUAAACAACCCGUAAAUGGCGAGGAAGCUAAUUGUGUGGAUGAAUCAGCUUCUGUUACUAACCAUUUGAGGAUGCCUAAUGUUACGAGCAGUCGGAGAGAAAAAGUCACAGAGGCGGUACACAACUUGGGGGAGAAUGGAACUGAUGAUGCCCAAGCGUUCAAUCUAUUAAGCGAGUCUACAUCCGAGGAUGAAUAUAAAGGUUCAUUCUCUACUGAACAGACUAAAUCCUCAAGUGAUUUCCAGAAAGACUCUGAGCCCACCAAUGUUGACGCUCCCCAGGAGGAAUAUCAAGUGGGGUCAGGCCUUGAAGCUACGAACCAUCCAGAAGCAAGUUAUGAGCAUGGUUUCGACACUGAUGCUAGUGAAGGUAAAACGGAAUCUGAGUAG